AUGACGGAGAAGUUCCUCAAGGACAUGCAGUCCGAGAUGGACGAAGAUUCCCCGGUCACGUCCGCCGACCUCGAGGACCAGAUGGAGUCGCUGCGUUCAGAAGCCCAGACUCUCACCCAGCAGAUUGACGGCCUGUUCGCGGACUUCCUCGGCGUCACGCUCCCGGACGACGACGAGGACGCCCCCGGCGAGGUCUUCCAAGGUUUGACCGAGCCGGCUUUCGUGCAGCUCUCCCGCGAGCGCCCGCGCGUCUCCGCGGCCCUCCUGCGCGCAGCCGAGGCCGAGCGGAAGGCCGACUGGCCGUCGUUCCAACGUCGCACUACGGAACUCAAACAGCGCCGUUCCCGCGUCGAACGCGAGCUGGAGUCCCUCCGCGCCGUCGUCGCGGACGCGAAACGCGCCGCCGCGUCCCGCGCCGCGGCCGAGCUGCGCCGCGCCGAGAGCGACGCCCGAGACGACGCGGCCGGCGGCGCAACAACGACGGGCACGCUGCCGGGCGGGCAGAAGGUCCGCGUGGUGCUGCUGUCCGGGUUCGAGAGCUUCAACGUCGGGCAGUACCGCGACGUCGCGCGGCAGCUCGCGCGGCGCGUGCCGGGCGCGGAGCUGUGCGUGUUCUCAGACCGGGACCUCGACGCGCGGCGCGGCGAGGUGGAGGCCGCGCUGGACGGCGCCGACGUGCUGUUCGCGUCGCUGCUGUUCGACUUCGACCAGGUCGAGUGGCUGCGCGCGCGUGCGGAGAAGAUACCGACCCGGCUGGUCUUCGAGUCGGCACUCGAGCUGAUGAGCCUGAAUCAGGUGGGGUCGUUCAAGAUGGGCGGUCAGACGGGGGAGAAGAAGGGCCCGCCGCCCGCGGUGAAGAAGGUGCUGUCGCUCUUCGGGUCGCAGAGGGAGGAAGACAAGAUGGUCGGCUACCUGUCGUUCCUCAAGGUCGGCCCGAAGCUUCUGAAGUACGUGCCGGGCGACAAGGCAAAGGACUUGCGCGCGUGGCUCACUGCCUACUCGUACUGGAACCAGGGCGGCGCGGAGAACGUGCUGUCGAUGCUGCUCUACCUCCUCGCCGACCUCUUCGGCAUGCAAGGCGCCGAGCCCGCGCCAGUCCAGGAGACUCCCCCCCUGGGACUCCUCCACCCUGACGCGGGCAAGGGCCGCUACUUCUCGUCCCCGGAGCGCUACCUCGAGUGGUACCGGCGCGAGGGCCCCCUGCGCGGCCAGGACGUCCCCACGGUCGCGGUGCUCCUCUACCGCAAACACGUCAUUACGGAGCAGCCCUACAUCGACCAGAUGAUUCGCGCCAUGGAGGCGAGCGGCGUCCGGCCGCUGCCGAUCUUCAUCAACGGCGUCGAGGCGCACACGAUCGUGCGGGACAUGCUCACGUCCGAGCACGAGCGCAAGGCGGGCGUGCGCAACCCUACGCUGCGGCAGGAUGCUGUUGAUGUGGACGCCGUCGUCAACACGAUUGGGUUCCCGCUCGUGGGCGGGCCCGCGGGCUCGGUGGAGGCCGGGCGGCAGUCGGACGUCGCGAAGGCGAUCCUAGAGGCCAAGAACAUCCCCUACGUUGUCGCCGCGCCCCUUCUCAUCCAGGACAUGUCGUCGUGGGUUCGGGACGGAGUCGCUGGGCUGCAGUCCGUCGUGUUAUACUCCCUCCCGGAGCUGGACGGCGCGAUCGACACGGUCCCGCUCGGCGGCCUCGUCGGCGACGACAUCUACCUCGUGCCCGAGCGCGUCAUGCGGCUCUCGGAGCGCCUGCGGCGCUGGACGGCGCUGAAGAAGAAGCCCGCAAGCAAGCGCAAGGCCGCGAUCGUGCUCUACGGGUUCCCCCCGGGCGUCGGCGCCACGGGGACGGCCGCGCUGCUCAAUGUGCCGAAGUCGCUCGAGGCCGUGCUGGAGCGCAUGGAGAAGGAGGGGUAUGACGUCGGACGCAACCCGGGGGAGUCCUUCGAGGGGGUCGGAGAGCGCCUGGUCAAGGCGCUCGGGGCGCAGCUGGCCGACCAGCGCCGCAUCUCGCAAGGUGCCGAGGCCGUCGACAAGCUCGGUGCCGCCGGCGCCGAGUCGUACGGCUUCCGUCCGGCCACCGCGAGCGUCACCCCGCGCGACCUCAAGGCCAUGCUCACGUUCCCGCGUUCUUGGGGCCCCUCCGAGUGGGGGCCUAUUCCCUACCUUCCCGACCCCGACAUCCUCGUUUCCCGAAUGGAAAACCAGUGGGGCUCGCUGGAUACCUACCGCGGCAUCAUGACCUCGGCGCGCGGCGACUGCAUCUGCCCGGGCGUCCAGGCGGGCAACGUGUGGAUUGGGGUGCAACCUGCGCUUGGGCUUGAAGGCGACCCGAUGAGGCUGCUGUUCGAGCGGGACCUCACGCCGCACCCGCAGUACGCGGCGUUCUACAAGUGGCUCCAGGAGGGGUACGACGCGGACGUCGUGCUGCACUUCGGCAUGCACGGGACGGUGGAGUGGCUGCCGGGAUCGCCGCUGGGCAACACGGGGCUGUCGUGGUCGGACGUGCUGCUCGGGCACAUUCCGAACGUCUACAUCUACGCGUGCAACAACCCGAGCGAGUCGAUCAUUGCGAAGCGCCGCGGCUACGGCACGAUCGUGUCGCACAACGUGCCGCCGUACGGACGCGCGGGGCUGUACAAGCAGCUCGCUGAGCUCAAGGCGCUCCUGCAGGAGUACCGCGAGGACCCGGAGAACAACGAGGCGCUCCGGGCGCCGAUCGCGCAGCAGCUCAACGCCUCGGGCCUCGAGGACGACUGCCCGUACAGGCCGUCGGCCGCGUCAGGCCUCGCGUCUGACUUCCGCCUCACGCCUGAGUCAGCCGGCGAGGUCCCCGCGGGGGAGUUCGGCGAGUACGCCGGCGAGCUGUACGCCUACCUCCAGGUCGUCGAGUCCCGCCUGUACUCCGAGGGCCUGCACGUCCUCGGCAGCGCCCCGGGGUCAACGGAACUCGAGCAGUACCUGACCGCGUACUUCGGGGAUUCCCUAUCUGCCGACCUCGUGGACGAGGUGGUCCGGGCGCGGUCCGUGGAGGCCGCGCGCGUGGCGCUCGAGCGCGCGUUCGCGCAGCCGGACGCCGACGUGGACGACGGCGUCCAGGAAAAGGUGAAGGAGGCGCUUGAGAUCCGGCGGCUCCUGGAGCUCAACAGCGAGGAGCUGAGCUCGGUGUCGCGGGCGCUGCGCGGGGAGUUCGUGCCGCCCGCGGCGGGCGGCGACCUGCUGCGCGACGGGGCGGGCGUGCUCCCGACAGGCCGCAACAUCCACGCGCUGGACCCGUACCGCAUGCCCUCUGACGCCGCGGAGGCACGCGGGGCUGCGGUGGGCGCGGAGAUCAUCCGCCUGCACCGCGAGCAGAACGGCGGCGCGUACCCGGAGACGUGCGCGGUGAAUCUCUGGGGCCUCGACGCCAUCAAGACGAAAGGCGAGUCCGUGGGAAUCCUGCUCCACCUGGUCGGGGCGAGGGUCGUGAAGGACCAGACCGGGCGCGUGGUGCGCUUCGAGCCCGUGCCGCUCGACGAGCUCGGCCGCCCGCGCGUCGACGUCUUGUGCAACAUGUCGGGUAUCUUCCGAGACUCGUUCCAGAACGUCGUCGAGCUCCUGGACGACCUUUUCCAGAGGCUCGCUGCGCUCGAGGAGCCGGAGGACAUGAACUUCGUCAAGAAGCACGCGGCCUCGAUGUCUGCCAAGGGGCUCGAGAACCCGACCGCGCGUCUCUUCUCGAACCCCGCGGGCGACUACGGCUCCAUGGUGAACGAGCGCGUCGGCGCGUCGGACUGGACGGGCGGCGACGAGCUCGGCGACACGUGGGCCUCGCGCAACGCCUUCUCGUACGGGCGCGGCUCCGAGCGCGGCACCGCGCGGCCCGAGGUCUUGGAGUCCCUCCUCGCCACGACGGACCGCGUGGUGCAGGAGAUCGACAGCGUCGAGUACGGCCUCACGGAUAUCCAGGAGUAUUACGCGAACACGGGGGGAGUGAAGCGGGCCGCGGAGGUGGCGCGGAAGGGCAAGAAGGUCGGCUGCAGCGUCGUGGAGUCGUUCGGGCGCGACGUCACGCCGCGGGAGCUCGACGAGGUGCUGCGGCUGGAAUAUCGUAGCAAACUUCUUAAUCCCAAGUGGGCGGACGCGAUGGUGUCGCAGGGGUCGGGCGGCGCGUACGAGGUGUCGCAGCGGAUGACGGCGCUCAUGGGCUGGGGCGCGACCGUCGACUUCCAGGAGAACUGGGUAUGGGAUCAGGCCGCAGAGACGUACGCGCUGGACGAGGAGAUGGCCGCCCGGCUGCGCAAGUCGAACCCCGAGGCUUUUCGGAACAUCGUCAAGCGUAUGCUGGAGGCGUCAGGGCGCGGGAUGUGGGACGCGGACGACGGCACGCUCGAGCGGCUGCAGGAGCUGUACCAGGAGAUGGACGACCAGCUCGAGGGCGUGAUCGCGGCGCCCUAG